AUGGGAAUUCGUAGCAUUAAAUGAAAAAAUGACCGAGCUGUUCUCAUCACUAGAAGAAAAGCUGUCAAUGGAAAAUUCGAAUGAUUCUCUCGAGGAGAGUGCCCAGGAUUAUUGUGGCUUGAUCAAAACGACAAGGCGACUGCAUCUUCAUCUGGUUAAAUUAUCACGACGUGUGAACAAUGCUUAUGGAAUUCAGAUUCUUUUAUUAUUGAUAGUUUUAUCCACGUCACUCGUUUUUACUCUAUACAAAAUCUACAUUAUUGUCAAAGGAUUGAUAAACGGCGAUGAAUUUAUAGUAGAAUCAAUUUGUAAUGUCAUAUGGGUCGCGUUUAUAGGAGAUGUAUUACUUCUGGUACAAGCAAGCGGACGAAAUCAAGAUCACGAUGAAUUCAAUUGGUUGCAGAGCAACUGA